AUGAUUGACAGUCGAUCAGCAUUAGGAAUGAUUGGCAAGCAGGACCUCAAGAACGGAUGGAAGGUUAUGAGCCCGAUGGCUGGCUCUGAAAGUGCGCCGUGUACAUCGGCUCCAGUCUGCUUUGACGCUGGCCACGAGAAGGCUACGGCGUCUUCAGCGGUAGUACAAGGUGAAAUGAUGGUCCACGAAAGUGGCGAUGACGUCGAUUUAAGAAUACUCGCAGCCCUCGUCGACCUCCAAGCGCGGAUGACACAGAUGGAGGUCUCGCAGCUAAAGUGCGAUGAAUACGAAAGGACAAUAGGCGCGAUCGAGUCAGGGAUAUUUUAA